AUGAGAUACCUCCAGAAGCUUCACGACGAGAUUGCACGGUUGAAGAAGGAGAACAACAACCUGAGAACCGCGGUGAAGGAAAGUAAGCGCCUGGAGCCAAAUGACAGGGUGGAUGGUGGUAAGCGCGCGGACAAUACGCUAAGCGAGGUGCUGGAGGCGACUGAUAUUGGGAGUAUACUGAAUGCAACGUUCUCUGAUAAUACAGCUUCUAACGCCAGGGAGAACGUCCUUGCGCCAGCAGUGGCCUCUCACAAUAACAACACUGCCAACGCGAAUGUGUCUGGCGGUGGUAAGAAUAGCCAAGAUGAUGAUGAAGUUGUGGCGCCGUUUGUUGAUGAACAGAGGAAGUUGGUUUAUUCCCGUACAGGUGAGAAGUUCUACGUUGGUUCCUCAUCAAUGACGUUGUUCGGUAUCCAGGUCCAAAACAUGAUUCCGAACUCUCAGGACCACUUGAGCGAUAUGCCAAAGUUAACCACCAACGAGACUGUGUUGGAAAACGAAGGUAACGCCUACAGGAUCAUGUUAGGGAAGACAAAGACCCGUCCAGGUGUGUCUGUGAAUUUUACACUCCCUUCAUAUUCAUACGCGAUGCUUUUAGUCGAUACCUCUAUCCAGUAUAACGAUGGUUGCUUCUACUUCUUCAACGAAGGACUCGUGAAGGAAAACCUCAGACGAGUCUAUGCUGGAAUGGGUACGGAAACUUCAGACUCGAUCAUUGAAACCAUUUGGUUCUGCAAGGUGCUGCUUAUAUUUGCCAUUGGUGAAAUGUACCUGGGUACUGCGAAUAACAUCAACGGUAAUAAGUCAAAUACUGCACAGCUGCCAGGAUCUGGUUUCUUCCACCAGGCCUCAGAGUUAUUUACUGGGCUUUUCUCGUCAGGCGCCAUUGAUAACUUGGCAAGAGAAGGUGGUGUUGAAGUCCUACUACUGUACGCGUUUUAUUUACAAGUGGCAGAUUGUACAGUGGCUUCAUACUUCUAUUUUGGUCUUGCACUACGUACCUGUCUUAUCUUGGGUAUGCAUGUUGAUGCUGAAAAGGAAUCACUGACAAGAUUUGAAUUGGAGCACAGAAGAAGACUCUGGUGGACGGUGUACAUGUACGAGCGUAUGCUCAGUUCUAAGGCCGGACUGCCGUUAUCGCUUAAUGAUAACAGUAUUGCCACGGAGCUUCCAGAUGAUUUUGACAUGACAAAUCCACCUUCUGGAUGUGAACAUUACAUUUUCCCUGAAGCUGAAUACAUCACAAACUGUGUAAAGAUCACUCAGAUCAAUGCGAAGAUUCUGUCAUGUCUUUACCAAAAGCAACCAGAUUCUAAUAUCCUACCUGUUCUGUCAGAAAUUGUUGGCCAGCUCAUUCAGUGGAAACAGAACCUUCCUGACUUCUUGAGCCCCGACUUUUCUGAUAAGAACUUGCAAAUCUCUAGAUUGGUCACAAAUAUUAUGAGUGAAUACUUCCAAGGUAUGAAUCUUGCUGUGAGACCUCUAUUGUUCCAUUUUGCAUCCAAACAAUUGAGAGAGAACAAAACAUCAGACAAAUAUAUUGAUCUAAAUCAAUAUUCGAAGUUAAUCAUAACGUUGUUCAACUCGUCAUUCCAGGCUUCUAUCAAUACAAUCAGAUCUUUAUGGGCAUUGAUGCCUGAUAACAUGGUUGCGCUUUUCGGUUACAUGGAUCGUGAAUACUUGUUCACAUCUGCAGCAACGCUUAUUCUUUUCAACGCUGCGUUUGGUGUCCAUCAAGCGACCUAUGUACAUUUAGAUCAUGCUCUUCAGAUAUUCACAAAAAUGCGAAACCUCGGCAAUCAUCCUGCUGACUUACGACGUGCACAGUUGCUUAAGUUGAUGUCUACUUUAGAUUUCAAUGGGAUUAUGAAGAAGUUGAUUGAUAAGUUUAACGAUAACUUGGCUCCAUCUGAACUUUCUUUCGAUGUUGCUCCAGAUCGUUCAACACGCUCAAGCAUUAUUGAUUCAGAGUUCAAAGAGCCUCGUCACCCUCGUAAACAUUCAAAUGCAAACGAAUCAUCGGUUCGUCAAUGCAAGAAAAUCAGGAUUGAUAGCAUUAUUGAUUCAGAUAAGGGCACAGACCAGUCUUUGUCACUCCAUCCAAGCGAUGCUGACAUUGCAGAACUUCCAGAUGCGCUGAGGCUUUUACACAGUGACGUUGACGCUACAUGCGAUAAUGAGCUGUGGAAAGAAAUCUCAAAUGAUGCUAUGUGGCUCUCUUCUUUAAAUGAUAUGGGGGAAGGGUUACAGAACAUCAUGGACGACCGUUCAUAA